AUGUUCGGCUGCAUCCUGAAGAUACUACAAUUGCUGAAAUAUUUAAUUUGUUCAUUUUUUAAGUGUUUAAUCUCAUCCAUAUGUCCUCCAUGCAAAACAACUUUUGCUGGGGAAAUAGUGCUGAUUACUGGCGCUGCAAAUGGGAUUGGAAGGCAGAUUGCCUUAGCUUUUGCUCCUUUGGGAGCAAUCUUGGUUCUUUGGGAUAUUGAUGAUGAAGGUAACAAAGAAACAAGAAGACUAGCCGAAAACUAUGGAGCUGUACGAGUGUUCACCUAUCACUGUGACUGCAGCAAUAGGGAAGAGGUCUACCAACAGGCAGACAAGGUUAGAAAAGAAGUUGGGGAUGUUACUAUUCUAGUCAACAAUGUUGGCACAGUGCUUGGGAAAAAGUUCUGUGACACUUCAGGUGAAGAUUUUGAAAAGAUCAUGAGAGUCAACUUCUUCUCUCAAGUCUGGACUUGCAAGGCCUUUCUUCCAGCCAUGAUAGCCCGUAACCGUGGACAUCUGGUUAGCAUAGCCAGUGCAGGAGGAUUGUUGGGACUCUACAGAGGGACAGAUUACUGUGCAAGCAAGUCUGCAGUCAUUGGAAUGAUGGAAGCCAUAGAUUCAGAACUGUAUCAUUCAGGAAAGCAUGGCAUUAAAACCACAAUCGUUUGCCCUUAUUUUGUUCGUACUAGAUUAGCUAGGGGUUUUAAAAGCGAAUGCCCUCUCCUACUUCCUGUUUUUGAUCCAGCGUAUGUAGCCUGCAGGAUUGUGGACGCAGUUCGAAAAGAAAAGUUUUAUCUAGUCAUGCCUCCAACUUUACGCUUAUUUGGUCUCAAAUUUUUAAUUCCUAGAAUAUUCAUACUACUCUUCGAGUCUUGCAUUAAUCUACAGCAUGGAUAA